AUGCCAGCUAACCUGAGAGAAGGUUCUACUACGAUGCAAACGACCGAAUGGAAAGAAUUUGUCGUACGCAACUCGACUGGGUGCAAAGUUACAACGCACAUCACCGAGACAGCAGACCAUGAAACCAAUACAUCGCUCAAUCGGCAGCAGGCUCUCUUCGAGACUACCAAGCGAGUUCUGGCCACCGGGAAUGGAGAGUCUUGGAUUAAAUGUGGUCUCCGGAAUUCCGCCUAUGUCGAGAACAACGGUGGGGAAAUUACUGGAUUCCUACGUGCAGAUGACCUACUUCCUCCAGUGCUCACUCAAACAGUCGAAGGGGAAAUAUCAGAAGAGCUAGACCCGGGUGCUAUUUGCCGCAUUAUCUGCCUCUGGCAACGUGAACACUUUACCAAUGCUGCUGUAGAGACCCUUGUGAAGGAGGUCAGAAAUUCUACCGACAAUCAAGCAAAAUGGCUGGAGAUAGCCAGUAAUCAGCCGACACUACACCUGAAGUCUCCUUUGUGUGAUUGGGAGCAGUCCGUUGUGCUUGGACAUCCAACGCAUCCGGUGAGCUUUCCUGAUACCAUUCUCGAUCCUGAUUGCCGUAGUGUUAACGCUGUGAAGCUACAUCGGGCAUGUCUUGCCCAGCCGCCAUUGAAGCCCAUAACACCUGACGAGAUUCCUGAGCUGCUGGAACCUGAGCUAUCGUUUCUGUCUUUACCACGAUCCGAAAUGAAAACCUUCGGACCAUACACGAGUUUACUGAAACCUCUUUUGGGGCAAUUAGGGAUUUCUAGCCCUGAUUCACCAGACAGAGUAGUAGUGCCGUGUUUCACCCGUCAGCUUCCGAGCAUCCUGCCGCUCUUUCCUGAUGCACAUCACAUUGGCGCUGUUAGGAGAUGCUGUCGUGCACAGAUUUCAAUGCGCACUAUAUCAUUUCUCCCUGAUGUGGGGUCCCCUUUGCAUCUUAAGCUUUCGCUAAAUUGUCAGAUCACAUCGGGCCCGAGAACUAUUACACCAUGGACUGCUGCUUUGAGUCCAGCACUCAGCACGGCGCUGAGAACCUUACUGCCACAGGACUUGUGGAUCUUUGAAGAUGCCGCUUCUAUCACAGGCGGCCAGGAUGAUUUUGACAAAGCACGCCAUUUAACAUGCAUUAUACGCAAAAGUCCGGAAAUGCAAGCGGAAGAGCUUGGAGAGACCAUUAUCCCAGUUGCUGGAUUAUUUCAGAAGCCAUAUAAGGAUAAUCGAACAUACAUGGAGAUCAUGUUUGGUCUCGACGAUCUCCGGAAAAAGCAAACAUGGCUUAGAAAAUAUCUUGCAAAGUUGUUCUCUUUGCUUCUGCCACCCUUGGUCCGUUAUGGAAUUGGCCUUGAAGCUCAUGCUCAGAACAUAUGCGUCCGCAUUAAUACUACCUCAAAAGAGGUUACUGGAUUUGCUGUGCGAGACUUUGGUGGAGCAAGGAUACACAGACCUACAUUCUUCCGCACUCGCAUUGAACUUAGUACAAUUCCUCCUGGCGCUAGCGCUUUUGUCGAAGAUAUGCAUAAGGUGUGGCACAAGGUCUACCAUGCUCUAAUCCAGAUGCAUGUGGGCCAUCUUCUAUAUAUGCUAGGCUUGGAAUCCCAUGGAGGGUGGCCCAUUGUUCGAGAGGAGCUCAAAAGAGUCUUGGUCUCUUCGUGUGAUCCGGAAGCCAAGGCAGUGCAUGACGCCUUCAUGAAUAAGACCAUGGCCUUCAAGUGUUUCAUGGAAAUGCGACUACGUAAUAUUUAUCGUGAUUAUUAUGAGAGAGAGCUGCCGAAUGUUCUCCUCCGGGAUAUGCAGUCAGAAGAUGACCCUGCUAGCAAAACAGAAGUUUGAAACACCUAACGAGCCGGCAAAUGGCCUUCGGAUCUCCGCUUUGCCGCAUUCAACCCAUAUAAAUGACUUUUGGACAUGGGACAUAAUAUUGUGCAUGCACACUGUUCUUC